AUGUGGGUUUCUCAGGAGGUGCUGAAGGUGAUGCGCACCAUGGAUGACCACAUCGUCCACGGACUGAACACCACCGUUCCCACAGUUUCCUUCUCAGGCAAAGUUGAUGCCACACAAACAUGCAAACAACUGUAUGAAUGUGUGAUGGAGGCCCAUCUGAGCAGAGACCAAGCUAUCAAGGCCUUUUAUAGCCAAACCAGCUCUGUGAUGGGACAGCUGGGUGAGGAAAGAGCAAAAGACUGCGAGGACCUGACAGUCAUCAAACAACUCAGGAAGGAGCAGACCAAAGUA